AGAGCGAGAGAGAGAGAGAGAGAGAGCGGAGAGAAGGGUGGGUGUGGAGGGCGUUGUUCUUCUUCUCUGAGCAGAAAAGAACAAGUUUCAUCCUGCUUUUCCAGGCAAAGCUCUGAUUUGACACCAAAUCGGAACCAAACACACUCGCUUUUGCAAGCGAAGCAGAGGCGAAAACCACAAAAGUAUGAGCGAAGACGCGAAGAGAAGCGUCGCCGGAGCUCUGUCGGCGAAGCCUAAUUCUGACGACCGGAAACCCUCCUCGGCUGUCACCACUCCCGCCGGCAAGCGCGUCAUCAUCAAGAGCGCCGACAUGUUUCAGGAUAUGCAGAAGGAGGCCGUCGACAUCGCCAUCGGGGCAUUUGAGAAGCACAGCGUGGAGAAGGACGUUGCGGAGUAUAUAAAGAAGGAGUUCGAUAAGAAGCAUGGACCCACUUGGCAUUGCAUCGUCGGUCGUAAUUUUGGUUCGUAUGUGACUCAUGAAACAAACCACUUUGUCUACUUCUACUUGGAUCAGAAAGCAGUUUUGCUAUUUAAGUCUGGUUGAACACGGUUAUGGUGAUUACAAAGAUGGUGACGAAAAGAAUGACGACGAGCCUGAAAUUGUGAUGCCAUAAGUUGCACGUGUAUGUAUUAAACUGAAAUCUGCUAGCCUGCCAACCACUUGCUUAAAAAUCUUGCACUUAACUUGUAUAUCUAAUAUUACUUCUACAGGCUGUGAACCUCGGGUAUGAAUUUCAGUUUUUCAAUUUAA